AUGGGUUACCGGACAUCGAUGCCUACUAUUUCGCAUUUAAUCUAUAAUUUGGCCACAAAUCAAGUGAUUCAACAGAAGUUGAUCAAAGAGAUCGACGAAACUUUUGACGAUAAGCCUAAAGAUAAAAAGAAAGACAAAAAAAUAAAAGAAGAAGAAAAUAAAGUGAAAGUCAAUGAAAAAAGUGAUGAAAAGAAAGAGGAGAAUAAGGAAACGGAUGGACUCGAGGAAGAGGAGGGAAAGGGUUUCUUAGAAGCCAUCGAUGGGAUGCAAUAUUUGGACGCCUGUAUCAAAGAGACAUUAAGACUGUACCCACCCGUUCCCAUCAUUAAACGAAAGGCCACCACAGACACCAAAUUAGGCAACAUUUGUAUCCCAAAAAAUAGUGAAAUCUGGAUUCCUGUCAGCGCUGUUCAUAGAGAUCCCGAUUAUUAUUCAAAUGCUGAAGUAUUCAAACCGGAGAGGUUUCUGGCGAAGAGUAGGUCUAAGGUGAUAGAGGGCUCGUAUGUGGCCUUUGGUGGUGACGGAGCUCGAGGUUGUAUCGCACAGUCAGUGGCGUUACUCGAGAUAAAGUUGUGCUUAAUUAGCCUUUUGAAGAAUUAUAGGUUUGCCAAAUGUGGUCUCACCAAAGAAUUGCAAUACGAGUCGAGCAAUGAAAUGUUUGCUUCAAUGACUCCGACGAAUGUUUUCGUGAAAAUCAUCAAAAGAAUCAAAUACACGGAAUAUGUGAGUCGGGAAAGGGGUAUAAAUACAUAUGAGGACAGACACCGAUUGAUAAGACCUCCGUUGCCACUAAUACACAGCCAUAUUAGGGCGGCCGUCGAGAGGGCCCACAAAACACGACACGACGAGAAUAUAACGGCAGACAACACACUGUUAUGGGGUUUGCCUGUAUUCCAGGCAUAG